GACCAGAAGUCCAGCGAAGCUACAGACACCAUGAGAACAACACUGCAUUUACUCUUGACGUUGAGUUUCUUCCAGACGCUUGUCAACGGUCGUGCGUCGGUGAUGGUCAUCCCCAACAGUUCUCAGUUUUUCGAGUAUGAGAACAUUUUGGUGAGCUGCAAUAGUUCGAGCUCCUGGGAAUGGACGCCGUGGAGAAACGAUACCGACCUUGUGAAGUGUGGAUCGGGCUGGGGCAAACUAAAUGGGUCUACUUGUGAGAUAACCACGGUGAAGCUGUCCGAAGGCGGGGUGUUCUGGUGCCAGUCGAAAUACGGAGACAGCAGCAACGGCGUCAACAUCUCCAUAGUCGGUGGACCAGUGAGUCUUCAGAGUCCGGCCGUCCCCGUGACGGAGGGAGAUAACGUCACUCUGAUCUGCAGAAAAAGGAAGGCCGAUAACCUCCGCGUUGAGUUCUACAAAGAUGGCCUUAAAAUCAACGUCUCCAUCGGCGCUGAGGAUGCAGGUCACAUGACCCUCUACAAUUUUACCAAGUCUAAUCAAGGCGCCUACAAGUGUAGAGUCCAGAAUAAAGGAGAGUCUCCAGAGAGCUGGAUAAUAAUGGAAGAUGGCUCGGACCCGGCCUCGCUGGUCAUCUCUCCGGCCUCGGCUCAGGUGUUUGAGUACAGGAAUCUGUCCCUGAGCUGCGGGGUUAACAGCAGCGUGGAGGGGUGGAGGAUCUUCAGGUCGACCAUCACCACCUUCAGCACCAGCGCCACCGGCGUGUCCACCGUGAACCCCGGAGGAAAGACGUCCGGCUGCGGAGACAACUGGGGGAAUAUCACUUCCUGUGGCUGCAACAUCUACACUUCCAAACAGGCCGACACCGCCAUCUACUGGUGUGAGACUCGGGUGAAGCAGCGCAGCAACAGCCUCAACAUCAGCGUCCAGGAAACAGCGGUGAUCCUGGAGAGUCCGAUCCUCGCUGUGAUGAAGGGAGACAACGUAACUCUGAUGUGUAGAACAAAGGAUCGCGAUGACCUCCGCGCUGAUUUCUACAAAGAUGGCUCCUUCCUCAAGACCGGGGCUGCAGGUCACAUGACCCUCCACCAAAUUUCCGACGAUGAUGAAGGCGUCUACAAAUGUAACAUCAGUAAUGAAGGAGAGUCUGCAACCAGCUUCUUAUUUGUCAGAGGUGCCACCGCUGCCACCGCUGCCACCGCUCCCCGUACAGACUGGGUCUGGUUAGUGCUGACGGUGUUACGCCACCUGGUGGUUUUCUCCCCGUACUGCGCCUCCACCUUCCUCGUGGUGUCCAUUUACAGAGGCAACCCCCCAGGAAGAAGGAAGGACGACGAGGCAAUGGACGGACAAGACGACGACGUCACCACCGAGCAUCACUUCUGAACCUUUUCGGGCUAGUUUUUUGUGUUGACAAUAUUUUCCAAGUUUUGAUUUUGCCACAUUAUUUACGGUGUGAAUGAAGCACUGUAGUAUUCUCCGGAACAAGGAGCUUUCACAUUGAAAAUAACAAUAUCAAACAAUCACGUUGUGCGGAAAGCAUUGUCAAAAUAUAUGUUCAAACUGUUGUCUUUUUUCACCUGAACUUUCACCCAAAGCUUGAAUAUUAUGGGAUGAAAAAAAGCUGGAAUGUCGCUCAGAGUUGAUUAUUUCUAGCUUCUACACUGCAGUCAACGGCAUCAGGGAGGGACUCACUUGAAACAAGAGAGACUUUGGUGCAAUUAUUUUACAUGUCAAAAUAUUUUUCCAAUUUGUUGUUUUUGCUAAAACGCAGAGACCCUGAACAAGGACAACACAUUUCUUAAUUCAGGCUUUUUUUGGGGGGUUAACAACUCAUUUGCGCGUCAAAAUAUGAUUUUAAACACCUGUUUUCACGAGUACUUUCACACAAGAAUUUAGCACCGAGGAAUGAGGAUUAUAAAAAGUACAACACGGAGACUCCAAACCAAGAUGGAGUUUUUCCUGCAAUUAAUUUAAACGUUAAAAUAUAACUGUUGUUUCACCAAGAACCUGAGUAUUAUGUUGCAUAGACAAACUGUGUCAUCAAUCGAUCCACUCCUUCCUCCGAGCCUUUCACAAUAAAAGCCCUAAGCAUUGACGGAUCCACUUAUCGACAUAUCUUACAGGGAGAUAUCAAACGUACUCCUGCGAUCGAUCCUCUGCCUGAAAAACCUUUAUUGAAAAGUUAAAAAAAAUGGCGCUGUUGUUAGUACGAAGGGAUUUAAUACAACAUGUUCUUGUUGGUUGUUCGUCACGACCUCGUGUGUAUGUUUUUUCCUACUCUAUGUUGUCUGCAAAGUUUUUCUACAUUUAUUUUUUG